UCUCUCUUCCUCUCAACUCUCUCUCUCUCUCUCUCGGCUCUAGUCUCUGUGAAUGGAUUCUUCAAGAAAGCAACAUUUCUUCUCCAUGACCACGUUCCUUUAAAAUUCUCAGCCUCAGCGCAUGGAGUCACUUCGACAACAUCAAGCAGAUAAGUUGGAAGAUUUUCUUAAAUUUGGAGAAGCAUAUACGGGGCAAGGUUUGAAUCAAGAACGUGGCUUCCAACGACCGGGUGAUACUCGUUGGGGGUCUUAUUUUAAAACUUUGGACAAUUUGAUGGUUUUAUUUCCUUCAAUUGUUAAUGUGCUUAAAGAUAUGAAGCGUGACUGUCCAUAUCAUCUUGAUAGAUUUGCAGCGGGAAAUCUUUUAAGCCAGAUUCAAGAAUUUGGAUUUAUUUUUAUGUUGCACUUGAUGUUUAAGGUGUUAUUAUUUACAAAUGAAUUGAACAAAGCUUUACAAAAGAAAGAUCAAGAUAUUGUUAAUGUUAUGAGAAUGCUUGACCUUGCAAAGAAACGAUUGCAAAUGAUGAGAGAAACUGAAUGGAACUCCUUGUUGGAUGAGGUGUGCUCAUUUUGUAGUAAAUAUGAUAUUCUAAUUCCCAAAAUGGAUGAAGACUAUACUCUAGGAAAGUCGAAGUGUAAGAGGUUCGAAGUUACAUAUUUACAUCACUUUCGUGUGGAAGUGUUUUAUACGGUUAUUGAUUUGGAAUUUCAAGAGUUUAAUGAUCGUUUUGAUGUUGUGACUACUGACUUACUACUUGGUAUGACCAGUUUGAAUCCGGUUGAUUCAUUUGCUAAUUUUGAUAAGGACAGGAUAAUGAAGUUGGCAGAUUAUUAUCUAAGUGAAUUUGGUGACAACAGAACUCGGUUUCCAACUUAAUAGUUUCAUCAUCUAUGCUCAAAAGUGUGAUAGUAGAUUUCUUAACCUGAAGGGGAUUAAGGAUUUUGCUAGAGUGAUGAUAGUGACAAAAUUGGAUCUUACUUGGCUACUUAUUUAUUUGCUUGUGAAGUUGACUUUGCUUAUACCUGUUGCUACCGCAAGAGUGGAAAGAGCAUUCUGAUCAAUAAAGUACAUCAAAAAUGAUCUACGUAAUAGGAUGGAUGAUGAUUUUCUCAAUGAUUGUUUAGUUUGCUAUAUAGAGCGUAAGAUAUUUAAAACUAUAAGUAAUAAUGCUAUUAUUGACCGUUUUCAAAGUAUGAAAACUCGUCGAGGACAAUUGUAAAGUUAAUGAUGUUUCUUGUGAAUAUAAUAUUAAUAUAGUUUGCUCGUGAACUUGUUAUCACCAUAAAUUUUAUAUAAUCGAACCAAACAUUUAUCUUAAAGAUAAUGGUGCACCCAUAUUCUUAAAAUCCUGGAUACGCCUCUGGUGGUAAAAGAGGAUAUGAUGGAGGAGAACAAUGUGCAAAUUGGCCAACAUGACAAUGCACAAGAUCAAAGAGAGCUCAUACAUAGAGUGAUGUUCCAAAGAAAUUUGUGGGCUAAUCAAGUUGAGGAUGAAGAGGUUGAUGAUGAAGUUCUUUUUAAAGAUAGUGAUGUCAAGGUAAGUAAAGGCGGCGGCCCGCUUCCAGUGGAUUGACCAGCAGGACAAGGUAAGAAAGAUACUCAAACUUCUGCUACCAAACAAUUUGGCAACCAAGAGAGUGUUUUUAAGCAUUCAAGUAAGGCUAGGAUUAGAGCAAAUGAUAGGGAAAUCUUAGAUACAAUAGACAGUCUAACACCAUACAAAUUAGCACACCCAAUAGAUGCACAAGUGCAUCAAUCUUCAGGUACGAACAUCAACAAAAAUAUUCAAUAUCAAGCCUCCACUAUCAACACUAAUAUGAAUGAAAGAGUUGUCAUUAGGAAACUCCCAAUGCGAGUUGCAAAGCAAAAUGCAGCAGCCACAACCAGAUCCACGACGUCCGACCGUUCCAGAAAGAAAUGAUGUAUGUUGAACACAUGUUGAAGAGGAUUGAUGAAGAAAUGAGGAAUUUUGAAGAUUUAUUGAAGAUAGCUGAAGAGGAUUCUAAGGAGUUACAAUUUGAAGAACUCACAACUAUCAUAAAUGAGGGGCAAGAAUCCAAUUUCUACUUUGUUUUAUUUUAUCAUUUUCUAAGAAUUAUCAUAUGUAAUAUCAUCAUAGAGUGUGCUAUAAACUCUAUGAUGAUCAUAGAGUACUUACUUCUUUCGAGUUCUUAUUUUUUACAUGCUUGCUAAAAGAUGAGGUUGUUCAUGCCUCAAUAGGAAUUGUAAAGUAAGGUCUAGCUCAGUAUAUGUUUGCUAUUUGUCUUAUGCCUUAGGGAAAUAUCCUAACGGCUAUGAGAUCAUUCGCUCUCGUGAUACUUUGCUGGCAGCCACAUUCUCAGCAUGAGGCUACCAUCAUAAGGCGACGGAGGCGCAGAGGGAUGAUUAUAUAGCCUAGGCAUAGAGGCAACACUACUGUAGG